GUCCAGCUGCAGUUGAAUCAUCUUCGUCAGGCUUUGGGUCUCGAGUCUCUGUCACUCAUCUUCUCCCUCCGAACCCCCUGAGAUCUAACAGACAUUCCAUCUCUCUCUCUCUCUCACACUCCAUUAUUUACCAAAAUGCCACUCUUCUCUCACCGCCAGUCUUCCCCUCUCCCCACCACCUCCUACUCCUCCAAGCUCCUCAAGCCCCUGAAACCCACCUCCGUCUCCGUCCCCACUCGCACUCCCCUGCCCAUUAUCGUCUUUUCCCUCAUCUCCCUCCUCAUCGGCCUCGCCGGAACAAUCUUCGCCGUCUCCUCCCUCCGCCGCUCCACACCCCUCCCCGUUUUCCGAUGCGGCAAAUCCGAAGAUACUUUCCGAGCAUUCUACUCCCUCUCCAAUUCUCGCAACCUCAACCACAAUGCCGGGUUGAUUGAACGGCCUAAGCUUCUCGGCUUCGUCGGAAUUCAGACCGGGUUCGGGGCAGCUGAUCGCCGCGCCGCCCUGCGCACCACUUGGUUUCCUUCCGACCCAGAUGGUCUCUUGAGGUUGGAACAAGCUACUGGUUUAGCUUUUAGGUUUGUUAUCGGGCGAUCGAAAGAUGCAAAGAAGAUGGCAGAGCUUCAGAAAGAGAUAGAUAAGUACAGAGACUUUUUGGUGAUUGACAUCAAGGAUGAAUAUGUAAGCCUUCCAUGGAAAACGUUGGAGUUUUUCAAGGCGGCGUUUCAACAGUUUGAAGCAGAUUAUUAUGUCAAAGCUGAUGAUGAUAUUUAUCUGCGCCCGGAUCGACUAGCAACACUUCUAGCUAAGGAGAGAACAGAUUCACGAACCUACAUUGGUUGCAUGAAGAAAGGUCCAGUGAUAACUGACCCAAAAAUGAAAUGGUAUGAGAAAUCAGGACAUCUGAUUGGGAAUGAAUACUUUCAACAUGCCUAUGCUCCUAUUUAUGUUCUAUCUGCAGAUGUGGUUGUGUCAUUGGCAACUGCUAAAAAUAACAGUUUGAGAAUGUUUAACAAUGAAGAUGUCACAAUUGGAUCAUGGAUGCUUGCUAUGAAUGUCCAUCAUGAGGAUAAUCGGUUUUUAUGUGACCCUCGGUGCUCACCUAGAUCCAUUGCAGUGUGGGACAUCCCAAAAUGUUCAGGUUUAUGCAAUCCAGCUAUUCGGAUGAAAGAGCUUCAUGCAAUGAGUAUGUGCUCCAAAAGUCCAACCCUGCUCCCUACUGAUGCUGAUGACAGAUAGAGAGAGCUACGACAUACACUUCCCAUCAAGAUACCGGCUAUGCAGGAAGAACAGCUGGUUUGGUCUGCAAUAUCUUAUUGCUUCAUGUAUUCUUAUACCAAAGGAAAACGUACGAGAGAUCUUUUGAAGCCAUAACUCGCUCUUGCAGUUUCUUGUGUUGAUCGUCUCUUGUUGUAAUUAAUGUAGUAUUACUGAGCAUUUUUCCACUCUGUUGAUAUCUAUCUUAGACAAAUCCAGAUUGCAAUUCCAGUGAAUGUAUACGAUCCGAACCAGUAAUACAAUAAUACAUUACUAUACCAGAUUA